AGAGCGACGUCUUCGGACAGAUUGAUUUAGAAAUAGAGACAUUAUAGUAACACCAGCCAUCGAUCAUGGAACUGAUGUACAUCAACAUUACAUCGCUGGUACUCCUGGGGUGUCUAGGUUGUGGGUGGUGUCAGACCUCAAAUAUAAAGAUGACAAUUACAAGCACCUGGCCUGCAGUAGGGGCUGAUAAAACCAUCAAGACACGUGAAGGUUCAGAGGUUUGGUUUACGUGCAGAGGAGACGGUCUUCCAAAUGCAUAUACUGCCAGAUGGCAGUUCAUUCAAUAUGACGAAAAGGGCGAGAUGUCUGAUUUCUACGAUGUUGCCCGUGAUACCACGCCUGAAACUCCAGAUUAUGAAGUCGAGAAAUUAGAUUCGAAUAUUUGGAAAUUGAAAAUUCCAACCCUAAAAGACUAUAUGGUUGGGGAGUAUGCCUGCUACCUCAGAUACAGGGGGGUGAAGUAUGAUGACUCCAGGAAAGUAGUCAUGCUUGUGAAGCCAGAGAUUCAACAUCACCAUAUGAACGCAACAAACUCUGUCAUUCAAGAGGGGAAGAGUCUAGAAUUAUACUGUAACGCGACAGGUUUCCCCAGACCAACUAUACGCUGGAGCAGACCAGACGGCAAAACAAUCCCUGGUAUUCCUGGAGGCCUUUAUAGAAAUGGGGAAAUGCUACUCCUGAAAAACAUUGAGCCAGAAGAUAGAGGGAUGUAUGUCUGUGAAGCCAAAAAUGAGCUCAACGAAUUUGACUCGAGAAUGUUCAAAAUUAAUGUUGAAUUUAAACCUCUGAUUAUGGCAGAAAAGAAUAAGUACACCCAGGCGUUGGGUUACCCUGUAACACUACGCUGUACAGUACAGGGUUACCCAGAGCCUGAAGACCAUGAGAUAGAAUGGAUGAAAGGAACAGACUCUUUACAGGGAGGAACAAGAUAUUCUCUAAAGACAACAAAAAGUUUAAACAACAUCCAGACAACUGAGCUUGUUAUCUUCAAGGUUGAUAAGAGUGAUAUGGGAACAUAUGUGUGCAAAGCCAGGAACAAAGAAGGAGAGGGCGAAGGAGCAUCUUUGGAAUUAUUAGAGUCACCUGUGCCAAUAAUUGAUAAACCUGAUACUGCAGAUAAAAUCACAGGAAGUGCUACCAUGACAACAGUUACCAUAGCAACUAUGACAAUAUCUCUUUCCCUAGCAAUAGCACUGGGACAUUUUUCAUAGCAACCAUUCUUUAGCCUUAUGUGGAAAUUCUACUGAUGCCAACCUGUGCAGAAAAUGCCAUUCUGGUUGUGACCAGGCUGGCAUCUUCUGAAUAGGAGUAUACACUGCUCAAUAUUGUAAAAUACGCAUGAUUAUUUAUUGCGAAAAUCAAUGUAUAUAAUUCAUUAAUUUAUUUCAUAAUUUUGUAUAUUUAAAUUAGAUCUACUUGAUAAUGUGUAAAUAAUCUGAAUAUGAGAAGUGAUCAUUAGCAAAAUAGAUUAUGGAUGCAAAUUUAUAUUAAAUAAACAUCCCAGGCUUAUUAAUACUAUGUGAUACAAGUAAGUUCAUUCCUUCAGAAUACUACUAUCAUUUUCUAAUUAUUUAUUUUUGGACAGUUCCCUUGAAUUUUAGUGUAUGCCUGGCAGACGGCAGUAUAGAAUUCUUUAAAAAAUAGGAUAUGUAAUUGUUUAUAUAAUGUUUAGAUCAUGUACCAGCGCUCUAUUGUUUUCCAUUGUCCCAUUUGUAAU